AUGUCCGCGCUCUUGACAGUUCAACACCACGCUCGUCCUCUUUUUCUUCCCCAGGAUCCAGUGUCCUCUCCAGUUUUCCGUUUCCUCCAAAGGGUUAACUCCGCUCACGCUCUCGCUCUCGCCUCCUAUUUUGAUCUCUAUAUUUGGUCUACCGCGCGACUAGACGCCUUCUGGGACUUGGUGUGGGACGAGACAAACAUCAUUGGAGUCAAGGGAUCUCAUGUCGUCGACAAUACAGCCUUGCCAUCCGCUAAUCCUCUUUGGUUCAAAGAUGCACGCGUCAAUUGGGCUGAGAACAUGUUGCACUGCCGCUCAGAGCUUAGGAUCGCUCUCAUAGAAGCCAUUGAGCCCACUCCGGAUCUCCCAAAUCCCCGUCUCAGGCAGCUCUCCUAUGCUCAGUUGUAUUCCCUUGUAGCAGACGCCGUCUCCGCCUUGCUUUUUUACGGCGUUAAGCCAGGGGAUAGGGUCGCUUCUUAUUCUUCUAAUUGCAUAGAAAACGUCGUCGCUUGUCUAGCAACCUCUGCCAUCGGUGCAAUUUGGGUCAGCGCAGCUGCUGAUUUUGGUCCUGAAGGCGUAAAAGAGCGUUUUGAACAAGUACAGCCCAAGUUCAUUUUUGCCGUAGACGCAGUCGUAUACAAUCACAAGGUUCACCCACACCUGCCCAAACUUUCACGUCUCCUGUCAGGCUUGGCGGAUUUAAUUUCCCCACCCAAAAUCGUCAUUAUAAACACGUUUUCUCAUGACCAGACCAGUCAAUCAUGGGGCGAAGACUGGAUUGCCUGGGAAGAUUUUCUUAGCAAGGGCCAUCAAAGUAACCUCGGUCGCACAGAAACUGGUGAGAUCAAGUGGAAUCGACUUCCCUUUGAUGCUCCUCUUUGGAUCCUUUUUAGCAGUGGGACCACUGGUCGACCAAAGCCUAUUGUCCACCGAGCCGGUGGUAUGCUUCUUCAGGCGAAGAAGGAGUUUGCGAUUUGUGGCGACCUUCGUCCUGACGACGUCUUUUUCUACUACACUACAACGGGAUGGAUGAUGUGGAACUUUCUCGUGAGCGGCCUUAGUAUUGGUUGCACUCUCGUGCUAUACGAUGGCAGUCCGCUUCGGGAUCCCAGUCUUCUGUGGAAGCUCGUAGAUGAUUUGGGCAUCACUAUUUUUGGGACCAGUGCCAAAUAUCUGGACCAGCUUUCUAAAGGUUAUCGUCCUCGAGAACACCAUGAUUUGAGUACAUUGCGACAUAUAUAUUCUACUGGAUCUCCUCUUGCUCCUCCGUUGUACGAUUAUGUUUACGAACACAUCCACCCCAAAGUUCUCCUAGGUUCCAUUACAGGUGGGACAGACAUUUGCUCUUUAUUUGCCGGAAUGUGCUCUGCCCUUCCAGUGUAUCGAGGAGAGAUCCAAUGUAGAAUGCUUGGGAUGGCAGUUGAAAGCUUCUCUGCUGCGGGUACAUUGAAUCCACCAGAUGAGCCUGGUGAACUCGUUUGUGUUAAGCCAUUCCCAUGUAUGCCUCUUGGCUUUUGGCCAUUGCCCGGAUAUGGGACUGAAGCUGAUGUCGAGGCUGCUCUUAAACGCUUCCAUCAAUCCUAUUUCUCAGAGUUCGAAGGAGUGUGGUACCACGGAGAUCACAUUCUAAUUACAGCUUCCAAAUCAGGGAACGGGGGUGGCAUAAUCAUGCUCGGACGUUCGGAUGGUGUGCUGAACCCCGGAGGCAUUCGUUUUGGUUCUUCUGAGAUUUACGAAGUUCUAGACUUGUGUUUUUCGCAUCCUACUGCGGAGUUCAUGGUCGUAGAUUACCUGGCCGUCGGCCAGAAAACAGAGGGAGGGGCAGACGAACGGGUUAUUCUUUUCGUCAAACUUCCGCCGGGUCAAAAGAUUACUCCCGAAUUCGAGCGGAAGGUAAAGGCAGAAAUCCGAGCGCGCAGAAGUCCACGGCAUGUCCCCGCCAGGAUAAUCCAGGUUUCUGAUGUUCCGUACACACUCAACGGAAAGCGCGUGGAGGUCUUGGUUAAAAAGAUUAUCAAUGGUGCCCCAUUGUCCUCCGUUAAUCCGGCUACGCUGUCUAACCCCGAGUGCUUGGAAUUUUACCACAAUAUUGGACAAGAGCUGCGACAAGAGUGUCCCUAG